UCACUCUAUCAGCUCGGGCCAGAGGAUCAGUGAGAUUCACCACCAGGUGGGACACUUAACACUACACCUCAACAUCUCCAGUGCAAAGCGGCGGACAUGAAUCAACAUUUGUCUGCCUCAUGUGAGGAGACUGUGAAUGAAGCAAAGCAACUGGAGAGCCGAGCGAAGGCAUGCAAUGCAAAAACAACUCCCCUCUGCCUCUCAUGCUCAUAAAUCAGUGUCCCAAAAAUCGAUGAGGAGCAACAUGAAAUCCAUUCUCCCCUAUUUCCUCUUUCCUUGGUGCUGUUAAUGAAUUGUAAAUCUGUAGCCUGCAGCACUCUCUACUCAAAUUCUUGCUUUUCAGUUCUGUUUAUCUUCCAAUUGUUGACCUAAGCCUAUCUGGGUUCCUGUACAUUGACACUUGCUGUUUACAAUACUACAGAUGAGCUGAAUUUACAGCUCUUGAGCUCAGGUAGUUAUAGUGACCCUAAUAGUUCUUUAUUGCAGUUAUCUGCAGUAAGCAGUUCAUGUUUGCUAUCAGAGCGACAGUAAAUAAUUACACUGAUUUCUGAAGGAAAACACUAAUUCACUCUGUCUCUCUCUCUGUAUGUACCAUAUCUCUGUGUGUUUUAUACAUGUGUGGAGGGACAACACUUGUAGAAAAUAUACAUAUCCUUUCAGAAAAUGAACAGAAACAAUGGACCCUGGGAAAAAAACUGUGUUUGGCCUCAUUGGGCCCUCCCACAGAGAGGAAGUCAGCCUAUCUCUCGCCUGCUCUAUGAAAAUCAGUCCAGAGUUCACCUGCCGUUUACUCUGCUUCAUCCCCUCUUACUGUUGAGCUAUUCACCUCUCGUUUCCUCCUCUGCUAGAACUGUAUUGUGAUUGUGAUCUGUUCCAUGGAGGCAGGAGUGAGGCUGAUUGUGGACUGCUGAGUACGGGCCUGAUUGAGAUGUCAUGUGGAGUAGCCGCCUGCUCUGAGGUGACAGGAAGUAACACAAUCUACAGCAUUUGCUCUCAACACUUGAACGCUCUUAACAAGAUAUGGAUGGAAACCCCAGCGGCUAAGAAAUCAGGAGUGUCUUGAGUUCAAUGGAGAAGUCAGAGGCUAUUUCACGCAUUUACCGCCCCCAGCCAAUCAGAGGUGGAGCUGAUUGCGAGGACUAGAGUGGCUUGAUUCACAUACGGCACAUUGUGUUUCAAAGGAAGAAUAAUUUUCACAGUGUUAGAUGGAACAUGGAUGUAUGUAAUAUGUGUGUAUGUGUUUAUUCAUGUAUUAAACAUCCAUUUCCAGGUAUUGGUACAUUUUACCAUCAACCUUUAGGGAAGUUAUUGGAAAUCAGUACACUGUUAUUUCUGAGUAAACUGCUAUUGACCCACAGCAUGAGUAAUCAUUCCUACAUUUAUUAUCAGUAGUUUUAUGACCGGCUUGGGAUAACUGACUCAACCAAAAGCCAACGGUGACAGUGUGACAUCUCCAUAACUGAAGACAGAAUGCUGCUGUCGAACUCUACAGGUUCAGAGGAACUGCUGGGGAAUGGCAGUGACACUGAGCUGCGCAAUGUGGAGCAGGUCCUGGUCCCGAUAUUGGAUGUACUGAUUCUGGUGCUGGGAGUUAGCGGGCACACCAUGGUGAUGGUGAUCCUGUGUGGGAGGCGGAGAAGUGGGGUGGGACGCAUUGGACAGUCCCCUCAAAGCUCCAUGACAGGCACAGGAACUGACGUCCUCCUGCUGGCUCUGAGCGUUGCAGACCUGCUUUUGCUCUCCAUGCUUCCCUUCCACACUGUUGCCAUAGCCAUGCAGAGAUGGCCGUUUGGAGACGCCAUGUGUCGUCUGUUGGGCUUCUUGGGAUCAGCCUCGUCCUCAGCCAGUGCCUUCACACUGGCCACGCUGGCUGUGUCUCGCUAUCUGACUGUGGUGCAGCCUGCCAGAGCCUAUAGCCUCCUCUCCCCUCGCCGGGUGUCUAUAGCUGCUGCGCUCAUCUGGGUCCCGGCCUGCUGCCUGGCUACCCCCCAGCUGGUUUUUCGCUUUGUGGCAACCCCAAAGCGAGCCCCUGAUGGCCUUGCUUGCUUUGCUUUCCAGUCCUACCGAGACCAGCUGAUCUAUGGAUUGUUUCACUUCCUCGUGGCCUUCUUGCUUCCACUUGUCACCAUUGCGGUGGCAUACGGCAGCAUCUACAGGUUCCUGUGGGGGAGGCAGCAUGCCGGCAGGGCCCCCCAAGUAGAGCGCUACCAGAGCAGAGUGACCCAGACAUCGGCCAUGCUGGUGCUGGCUUUUACCCUGUGCUGGCUGCCAUCCUACGGCCUGACACUGGCCUUAUUGGCCGAUAACAUCACAGGGGCUACUGGCGCAUCACCACGUUACGGCCCCUUUGGCAUAUUUGCACGCGUCAUGGCGACAUCCUCUACGGUGAUGAACCCCAUCCUCUAUGUACUGAUGUCCCAAAAGUUCAGACAAGACCUACUGAGGCUGUUCAAGAGGAGAGGGCAAAGAGCCAGUGUUGGUGUGCCUUUGGCUGCUGCCUGACAGUAUCAAUAACUAGCUUGAAACAGUAUACUGUAACUGAACACCUGACACUCAAACACUGGGUAAAUCCUGGCUACUGGGAGUUACAAUAAAACUAUUAUCACUAAGCUGAGUUGCUUUGCUGAAAGACUCACAUGAGAAAAGUGACACAAUCGCAAGGAAAGUCUACUUAACAAGGCAAAACAGCAGCACUCAAAAGAGCAGGCAACAUGCUACACCUGUGCCUCUUAACAACACUAACUGGUAGCCUGGAUAUUGCACAAGAAGAUCAAACCGGUAGUGCUGGGAGGUGCCGCUCCACACGGACAGAACAACUCUGAAUCAUGCAUCCCUUGUGAAACAGUUUACAGUAAAGACACGUUGGUAAAACAUUAACGUACACCUGUGUUUUGUCGUGCUGAGAUAAGGUGAAUGCUUGUACUUUGUUCUCAAAGCUUUCCUUUUGUUUCGAGUUUGGCUACAACUUCAGAAUAGCUUCCUGGUUGUGUUUAGAUCAUUGGGAGUGUUUUUUUUGGGUCUGAUGUUUACAACUGAAGUUCUUUGUUAUUCACUAAAAAGUGGAGGAACCAGAAAAGACUAUUGACUGAUGACAGGCCCAAUAUCAACUUUGGGAGGGGAAAUACAUUGUAGAUACUCUGUUUAUCUACACUCCCAAUGAUGACAUAAGCUGGGUGGAGGUUGAUUGUUAAAAGACAAAAAGGCUGUUAAAAAAAAAAAGGUUUACACAAACAAGAUGUGGGAAUACUCACUC